UUAUUGGAUUAUCGGUCUAAUGUUCAUGUUGGUAAUCAAGAAAUUAUAUUGUCUGUGAUUAUUGGAUGCAAAUAUUAUGCCAUGAUAGUGUUCGAUGAAAUGUCGAUUAGAAUCUUUUUAAUCAUAGGUGUUGUUGGCAUAUCAUCAGGGACGACAUUAUGAAAAUGGUGAUGGAGGAAUUUUUUUAAGGAUGGUUCAGGGGAUUGGAGAUUGCAUUGUUCAUUUAUUUCUUUAGUUUCAAAGAAGAAAUAUUCUUGUACUCCAAGGAUUUCAGACCUUUUGAAUCUGUUAGGGAGUACUUACUUAUGAAGUUUCUUAAGAGGGCUUUACAGGGGAAAAACAGUUUGUAGCUGAGUUCCUCACACGUAAAGAAGUCAUGUCUGAAUCACACACCGUUCAGCGACGGAAAUUUACUUUAACGCUAAAUCGUUCACUGCAAAACAAUCUUAUUUUACUUUUGGAAUUGUAGUUUCCAGAUUCAUUUUGGUUCCCUCAUUCUUACUCCUCUAUAUCUCUCUUUCUGCGUUUGAUUAAUGGCUGGAAAACUUAUGCAUGCAAUUCUGUAUGAAGGUUAUGGAGGUGGAGCUGCUGGAUUAAAGCAUGUGGAAGUUCCUGUUCCUUCUCCAAAGAAAGAUGAGGUAUUGUUAAAGGUGGAAGCAACCGGUAUAAAUCCAGUUGAUUGGAAGGUUCAGAAAGGCGAACUGCGACCGAUUUUGCCACGCAAGUUUCCUUUUGUACCAGGUACUGAUGUUGCAGGUGAGGUGAUAGAGGUUGGUCCAGGAGUCGAUAACUUCAAAGCCGGUGACAAAGUAGUAGCUUUUCUUACCCACACUAGUGGAGGUGGGCUUGCUGAAUAUGCGGUUGCUUCGAAAAGCUUGACAGUUGAAAGACCACUUGAAGUAUCUGCUGCUGAAGGUGCAGGCUUACCUAUAGCAGGCCUAACUGCACUUCAAGCUCUGACUGAUGCAUCAGGGAUCAAGCUAGAUGGCACAGGGGAACCAACUAACAUUCUCAUCACAGCUGCCUCAGGUGGAGUGGGUCCGUACGCUGUCCAGCUUGCAAAGCUCGGAAAAGUUCAUGUCACGGCAACCUGUGGAGCACGUAAUAUUGAUCUCGUCAAGAGCUUAGGAGCUGAUGAAGUUCUUGAUUAUAAAACCCCUGAAGGGGCAGCCCUUACGAGCCCAUCAGGGCGCAAGUAUGACUUUGUCAUCCACUGUGCUACAGGCAUUUCAUUUUCUACAUUCGAACCCAAUUUAAGUGAGAAAGGUAAAGUGAUUGAUGUUACUCCUGGUCCUACCUCCGUGAUGGUAUCUGCAUAUAAAAAGCUGACAUGUUCGAAGAAACAAUUGGUGCCACUGGUUGUGAGUCCAAAGGGCGAGAACUUGGCGUAUCUAGUUAAUUUGGUAAAAGAAGGAAAGAUUAAGACGAUAAUUGAUUCGAAGCAUCCAUUGAGCAGAGCUGAAGAUGCGUGGGCAAAGAGCAUCGAGGGCCAUGCUACAGGAAAGAUAAUUGUGGAGCCCUAAGCACCAUUGUGGCUGCACAACACUUAUGACCAGCAUGGUACAUUCAAUGUUUAUAUAGAAUGGUACAAACAUCACACAUAAAUGACUUGUUUCCGUCACUUAUGCAUGGGAUACUCUGAAUAUGUAUGUAAUGGCAGCUAUAGGUGGUCUCAUUUACCUUCCUAGGUUUUGAUACUUUGGUGUCAUGCCUUUUAGUUUUGGUGUUGAUUUUUUCUCUUCCACUCUCUGAGGUCAGGUUUAGGCCCCCUCAUUUCUGUUUUUGUUUUAUUAUAGUAGAAUUCUCCCUUAGAGCUUUGCCAGAAAAAGAAGUAUGUAAUGGAGGGAAUGUUUACUAUUGCAUUCUGGAUCCAUAAAGAUGUACCACUGGGACACUCCUGUAUAUAAGUAACUUUGAAUAUGCAUUGGUGAUGCUGCAUUUGGCUCGUAAA